UUCUGCCUCAUGUAGUUGUUGUAUGGAUGUUUUAGGGGGAACUGUCCCUUUAACCGUGCGGACACACUGCUCAUGCUCCGGGCUUCGUGCCGGAGUUUCCCCCCAGACAGGAACCAGCGGAGGACCGGAGCAGACCGGGAGAGCCGCCGCUGCCGCAGCCUCCUCCGCAGAUACCGAACCCGGACACAGGACGUCGUUGUCAGGCGGGAGAUCAGCGCGCACACCGUCACUGGAGCGUUUCACUUUCUCCGCGGGAUUAUGGUGGUUGACGUCGCGGGAGCAUCAUCCGGUCACGGCGGCGUGUUUACAUCGGAACCGUGACCACUAAGUUAUCUGGAGGACUUGUGGGGACGCGCCGCAGAGCGCGUAGCAGCGGGGUUUAUGUCCCGCUGGCUCGGAGCGGAUGAUCCGGUUGGAGACGCGUUUCCAAUCAUUUUAAAGUCUGGAGUGUUUCCAUCAAAGUUGAAUCUCUUUGUCUCGUCCCGCAGCUUCUCGCACGCAUCCUGUGGUCGUGCGUAAAACCCGCUCACCUGCGCCUUUCCCCGCAGGCGUCAUGGGUGGACCGGUGUGAUGACAGUGGAGCAUCCAGCUGCGUAAAGUCCCAGUUUGGUCCACUCCUCCGGGGCUGCAGCCUCUCGGAGAACACACACUCCUCUUCCGUCAUGGAACACACCGGGGGGAUGCACCUCUGCACCUGCACCGGUUCGUCCACGAAGGGCGCGUGGAAAACGUACCUGGGAUUCUUUGUGAUGCUCCAGCUCCUGCUCCAUGCGGAAGCCUCGUCUGUGUCCAAGUCCUGCGAUAAGAGCUGCUUCUCAGGGAGGUGCGUCAACGGGAGCUGCGCCUGUGACCACGGAUGGGUCGGGGACCGGUGCCAACACUGUCAGGGAAGAUUCAAAUUAACCGACCUGUCAGGUUCCCUCACAGACGGACCAGUGAACUAUAAAUACAAGACCAAAUGCACUUGGCUAAUAGAAGGAUAUCCUAAUGCAGCACUCAGGCUGCGCUUCAAUCACUUUGCCACCGAGUGCAGCUGGGACCACAUGUACGUCUACGACGGAGACUCCAUUUACGCCCCUUUGAUUGCCGUCUUCAGCGGUCUUGUCGUAGCAGAGAGCGGCGGCAAUGAGACGGUGCCAGAGGUAGUGACGACCUCCGGCUACGCUCUGCUUCACUUCUUCAGCGACGCGGCGUACAACCUGACCGGCUUCACCAUCACCUACUCGAUAAACUCGUGUCCCAACAACUGUUCGGGCCACGGCAGAUGCAGCACGGCCAACCUGGCCUCUGGUCGCGUGUACUGCGAGUGCGAGGACUACUGGAAAGGAGACGCCUGCGACAUCCCGUACUGCAGAGACAACUGUGGCAGCCCGGACCACGGCUACUGUGACCUGACCGGAGAGAAGCUCUGCGUCUGCAACGACAGCUGGCAAGGUCCAGACUGUUCUCUGUCUGUUCCGUCCACCGAGGCCUUCUGGACGCUGCCCAGCGUCAAGCCGUCAGCGCAGUCGUCGGGUCGAGCGUCCCAUCAGGCGCUGCUGCACUCUGGGCUCAUGUGGGUGGUGGGGGGUUACUCCUUCAACUACUCCAACUACCACAUGGUUCUCAACUACAACCUGGAGAGCAGUACGUGGGAUGCGGUGCCUGUGAGCAGCGGCCCUCUCCACAGAUACGGACACUCGCUGGCUCUGCACCAGGACGACAUCUACAUGUUUGGCGGGAAGCUUGAAUCCGGACCCGCCAACGUGACCGACGAGCUGUGGGCCUUCAACAUCCCCCGACGCACCUGGUCACCACGGAAACCCGCCCUGCCUCCUCCCUACGCCCUGGAGGGACACACCGCCCACGUGGUGGAGCUGUCCGCCGGCGAGGCGGUGAUGCUCAUCUUCUUCGGCUACUCGCCGGUUUACAGCUACAUCAACAAAGUUCAGGAGUACAACAUCAGGUCGAACUCGUGGCAGGUUGUGUCCGCCGGCGGCGCGGUGGUCCAGGGAGGAUACGGCCACAGCAGCGUGUACGAUGAGUCCAGUGGCUGCGUGUUCGUUCACGGGGGAUACAAGGCCCUGAACAACAACAAGUACGGCCUGGUGGACCACAUGUACCGCUACCACGUCUCCACCAGGACAUGGUUGAUCCUCAGAGAGAGUGGUUUGGCGCGACACCUCCACUCGGCGGCGCUGCUGAGCGGCACAGUUCUGGUUUUUGGGGGAAACACUCACAACGACACGUCGCUAAGCAACGGAGCCAAGUGUUUCUCUGCUGACUUCCUGGCGUACGACAUCGCUUGUGAUGAGUGGUCAAUCCUCCCCAGACCAUCGCUGCACCGGGACGCCAACCGCUUCGGACACUCUGCUGUCGUGAGCAACGGCUCCAUGUUGAUCUUCGGAGGUUUUUCCGGCGUCCUCCUGAACGACGUGCUGACCUACACCCCCCCGUCAUGUCGGGCCUUUUCUAACCCAGCUCUGUGUGCCGCUGCUGGGCCGGGCCUUCGCUGCCACUGGGUCAAAACUAGAUGUUUUCCCUGGGAACCAAAACCACCUGACCAGAUUCUGCCUGCUGUGAUUUGUCCUUCACGACCUGACAGCACGGACGAGCAGUGUUUCCGCUUCUCGGACUGUGCGAGCUGCACGGCCAACACGUGGGGCUGCCAGUGGUGUGAGGACAGGAAGUGCAUCUCUUCAUCCAGCAACUGUACUGUGCUGACUCUGGAGCUGGCCCAGCAGCAUGGCGGCCCUCUGUCUCUGUCUCCCCCUCCAUCCAUGUUGUCUGAACAUCAGCUGAGCUUGUGGAAGCACGGAGCCAGGAGGCGGGGACAUUCGGUGAGAGACUCGUUCAGGUGUAAACGUCGGGAGGAGCAGGAGUGUUUCCGACUGGCCAACUGCAGGAGCUGCUCCCUUAACGUCAACUGUCAGUGGGACCAGCAGCAGCAGGAGUGUCAAGCGCUGCCUGGUCAGCUGUGUGGAGAGAGCUGGCACCACGUGGACGACGCCUGCCUGAGGAUCAACUCCAGCAAGGAGAGCUAUGAUAACGCGCAGCACUACUGUAAGAACCUGGGAGGAAACAUCGCGUCUCUGCUCACAGACAAACAAGUCCACUUUGUUCUGGAGGAGCUGCAGAGACACCAGCUGCAAGACAAGAGGUUGUCUCCGUGGGUCGGCCUGAGGAAGAUCAACGUGUCGUACUGGGGCUGGGAGGACGCGUCGCCCUUCACCAACACCAGUCUGCGCUGGUCGCCGGGCGAACCCAGCGACUCGGGCUUCUGUGCCUACCUGGAGCAGCCGCUGGUGGCCGGGCUCAAGGCCAACCCCUGCACCGCCACCACGGACGGGCUGAUCUGUGAGAAACCUGCAGGGAGUCCUCAGAGUCCGAGCGCUCGUCCCUGUAAGACGCCCUGCGCUCUGCGGUCCAGCUGCUCUAACUGCACCAGCCAGGCCAUGGAGUGCAUGUGGUGCAGCAGCGCUCAUCGCUGCGUCGACUCCUCGGCCUACGUCAUCUCCUUCCCCUACGGGCAGUGUCUGGAGUGGCAGACUCAGGACUGCUCAGCUCAGAACUGUUCAGGUCUGCGGACGUGUGCCGACUGUCUGGAGAGCGCCGAGUGCGGUUGGUGCGGUGACCCCAGUAACACCGGUAAGGGCGCCUGCACGGAGGGAUCCUACCGGGGGCCCCUGAAGCCUUCCAGCUCCAGGGCCGGGUCCCGAGACAGGGACAUGGUGCUGGACCAGAGUCUGUGCACGUCGGACAGAGGCUUUAACUGGGCCUACAUCCAGUGUCCAGCGUGUCAGUGUAACGGUCACAGCAGGUGUGUGAACGGCAGCGUGUGUGAGCGCUGUGGGAACCUGACGGCAGGGACGCACUGCCAGAACUGCAUGGCCGGUUAUUACGGCGACCCCAUCAACGGAGGGAAAUGCAACGCAUGUAAGUGUAACAGUCAUGCCAACGUGUGCCACGUCAACACGGGGAAGUGCUUCUGCACCACCAAGGGCAUCAAGGGAGACCAGUGUCAGCUAUGUGACUCAGAGAACCGUUACCUUGGCAACCCCCUCAGAGGAACAUGUUAUUACAACCUGUUGAUCGAUUACCAGUUUACCUUCAGCUUGCUGCAGGAAGACGACCGUCACUACACGGCCAUCAACUUCAUGGCUACACCCGAACAGGCCAACAAAAAUCUCGACAUGUCCAUCAACGCCUCCAACAACUUCAACCUCAACAUCACCUGGUCCUUAAGCUCCACAGCCGGCACCAUCUCUGGUGAAGAGAUGCCCAUCAUCGCUCGGACCAACAUCCGGGAGCACAGAGACAGCCUCUCCUGUGAGAAGUUCAACUUCAGGCUUCACCACAACAUCACCUUCUACGUCUACGUGUCCAACUUCAGCUGGCCAAUCAAGAUCCAGAUCGCCUUCUCUCAGCACAACAGCAUCAUGGACCUGGUGCAGUUCUUCGUCACCUUCUUCAGCUGUUUCCUGUCUCUGUUACUCGUCGCUGCUGUGGUUUGGAAAAUCAAGCAGACCUGCUGGGCCUCACGAAGACGAGAGCAGCUGAUGAGAGAGCGACAGCAGAUGGCCAGUCGUCCCUUCGCCUCGGUUGCUGUGGUGCUGGAGGUGGGCGGCGACCAGGAGGAGCUGCUGCAGGCGUUGCCGAAGCCCAUCGCCAUGGAGCCGUGCUGGGGGAGCAGAGCAGGUGUUCUGACGGUGCUGCUGUAUCUGCCCAGAGUCCCGUCUGGAACACCUCCGCCUGGACAGUGUGGUAUUGCUAUAGCCAGCGCCCUGGUGGACGCAUCGCAACAGCGAGCGAUGGACUUUAAGGACCGAGGCCUCGGACUCAAGCAUCGCAAACACACUGUGCACCAUCAAGGGACCUGUGUAUGAACUGGAUGAUGACACGUCCUCAUGUCCCCGGAGGACAAAACACUGACAACUAAACACAAAGGGUUCUGAUGAUCUUCAUGGAUCAGAGGACGGUGGGACAUGGAACUCAUGGUCCCUUCCUUCGCUGCAUUAGAUGGACAAACUUCGUCAACAGGCUCUUUUUGUCCGCGUUGAUGUGAUGAUUCACGAAAACAACAAUUUAAAGACUAAUUUCAGAGCGAGGAUGAUGAGGAUGAUGAUGAUGAUGAUGAGGAUGAGGAUGAGGACGUGUUUCUCCGUCGUAGCUUCGGUCAGAUCUUUACAAAGGGAGCUGCCUCUGCACCGUGUGGCUCAGCGUGGAACUGCAACUGACUUACAAACCCACUCGGGAGCGAAACGCUGCAACAACAACAGGAACCUAAUCAGAUCAAUGCAGAACGCUGUGGGGGCUGAUUAUUUGCUGGAGGAGGAAAGUCUCCUCUGGGAUUUUUUUUAAAGACCACUGUUGUUGAGAUGCUGCAUCGAAAACUACAAAGACCUUUGGAUUUAUCCGUUAAAUCACGAAGUACAUUUGUUUCUCUUUGUUUUUCCUCAAGUCAACGUUUGGAGAUCUACAUCAUCUGCUCAGGUUCUGCUCUCGGCAGCCGGGGGUCUUCUACACAUGUGUAUAUGCACUAGAGGUGAAAUGCUUUACCGACACACGAGGAUCCUGUGUGAGAUGAUAAUAUGCAACUGACCAUUCAAAUGUAAAGUUGACCUGCAGGUCGGCAUCAGACACAAACUACUGAUGGUGUUCUUACGCCUGCUCGUUCAUUUCAUACUGUGAAAGUGCAGUUUUCAACUUUUUACAGUAACAUUCAUGCCUGUUACACGUUUUUAUAUGACACGUCUCCUGUGUAAUAUUUAUUAAUGAUGCAAAUUACAUUUAAACAAUAAUUUAGCAAGUUUUCAAAUGCACUAAGGACUUUUAUUUUUUUCCCGUUUUCAUAUCAAAUUUUCAUGUGAUGUCACUUUUUCCCCUUUUAGCAACUGUGUUCAAUCUUCAUUUAAUAUUGAAGUUUAAUAACUUUGUAUCGACUGCACCUGCACAGAAUAUUUACGUCUUUAAAGCUCCUACAAGGAACUUUUCUUUUCUAGAAACGAAGGUGAUGUCUCCACCGUCACGUGUCGUAGAAACCUCGGUUCAGAGGAAAGAGGAAAACACUGUGACAUCUCUUUAAACUGUUUUUACAGAAGAUCAAAAUACUCAGAAAAUUCAUAUAAUAAGGAUUCAUAAAAUAUGAACCCAUUUAUCAGUAAAAGCCAUCUAACAAUAUUAAAAACGUUUAUACUGGGAUGGGAAAUCCAUGCUUCCCCCUCCUCUUGUGGGCAUACAGACACAGUGAUAUUAAAAUAAUACAGUUUCAUAACCGGUUAAGAAGAUCCUUGUAGGAGCUUUAAACACUUGGUUUGUUUUUGACUCUGAUGUUUCGUCUCCGUUUCAUUUUGCACCAGUUUGUUGUUGAGACUUGUUUUAACAAAGGGCAGCUCACCUCCCUGUGUUUGUCCACACGAGCAUAAACUCUGUACAUUUACAAUUAAAACAUUUUGAUGACUCUU